AGUCACUUGCAGCAUCUCAUCAAUCACUCCCGACGCGAGUCCCAACAGUAAAAACUGUCAUCCUUGAAUUCCUAUCCAGCCAAAUCACGAUAACCCAUCCAGCCAAACACUCCAAACCAUGGAACCCAAAGCUCCUCUCUCCCUCUUCUGCCUCACCUCCUUCCUAGCAUUCUCGUCCAUCUCCAUCCUCCUCUUCGCCAAUCCGACAGUGUCCGAUCCACAGACCCGAUUUCUCGACAGGGGUUGCAGCCUAUACAACGUGACAAGGCCGGCGCCCUUCUUCAACAACCUCAACGACACGUUCGCCGAAAUCCGGUCAAAGAUCAACUCCACUGCCCGAUUCGCUACUGCUGAUCGGGCACGCGCUUCCAAUCCACUCUAUGUUCUCUUCCAGUGCAGGGGCUAUCUCUCCACAUCCGACUGCCUCACUUGCUUCACCGUCGCGGCAGCCCAUAUCCGGAACUGCUCUGCGGCGAACGGGGCCAGGAUUACCUACGACGGAUGCUUUCUGAGGUACGAGACCAAUAACUUCUAUGGUGAGACGACAGCGCUAGGGAAUUUUGGGACCUGUGGGAAUGGGACAGCAUCAAAGGCUGCAGGGUUUAAUCAGACGGCUGAUCAGCUGCUGAGGGACCUUACGGUGGCAAUACCAAGGAUAAAGGGGUAUUUUGGGGCAGUGAAGAGGGAAGGGAUAGGGGGUGCUGUGGUGUACGGGGUAGCACAGUGCGUAGAGACGGUGAGCGAGACAGGUUGUGGGGAUUGCUUGAGAGUGGCUUAUGGGAAUUUAGAGAAGUGUCCGCCGGAUGGGAAUGGGAGGGCCAUGGACGCUGGGUGCUUUUUGAGGUACUCGGACAAGGAGUUUUUCAGCCUCAAUCAAACGGUGGAUAUUGCGCGUUUCUUGAAGACAGGGAAAUCAAGCAAGAGGAAGAAAGCCAUAAUAGGAGGUGCUGUGGGAGGAGCUGCUGCUAUCCUAUCAAUUCUCCUUUUGUUACUAUUGCUUCGACAUUCCAAAAAGGCUAAGAAGAAGCCUCAGAAAGGAGAUAUAUUAGGGGCAACCGAGCUGCGUGGCCCAGUAAAUUUUCAUUAUAAAGAUCUGAAAAUUGCAACCAGAAAUUUCAGCAAAGAAAAUAAACUGGGAGAAGGAGGCUUUGGAGACGUAUACAAGGGUGUUCUGAAAAAUGGGAAAAUAGUAGCUGUGAAGAAACUUGCAUUAAGCCAAUCCAGUAAUGCCAAGGCAGAUUUUGAGAGUGAAGCGAAGCUUAUAAGCAAUGUUCAUCACCGGAAUCUCAUUCGCCUGCUGGGAUGUUGCAACAGAGGCACAGAACUGCUUCUGGUAUAUGAAUUCAUGGCAAAUAGCAGCCUGGAUAAAUUCUUAUUCGGUGACAGACACGGAACCCUUAAUUGGAAACAGCGGUUUGACAUAAUCAUUGGCAUGGCUCGUGGCAUUGCAUAUCUACAUGAUGAAUUCCAUUCCCGUAUCAUACACCGAGACAUCAAGUCCAGUAAUAUUCUUCUCGAUGAUGAUUUGCAGCCCAAAAUUGCAGAUUUUGGGCUGGCAAGGCUUCUCCCAGAGGACAAGAGUCAUCUUAGUACCAGAUUUGCCGGAACCUUGGGGUACACAGCACCUGAGUAUGCAAUCCAUGGACAGUUAACUGAGAAGGUUGACACAUACAGCUAUGGUGUGGUCGUGUUGGAAAUUAUAAGUGGUGAAAAAAGUAACGACCCAACGCGUGAACCAGAAAAACAAUACCUUCUUGAAUGGGCAUGGAAUCUUUAUGAGAAUGACACACUGAUGGAGUUGGUCGACGAGAACUUGGACCCAAAGGACUACACAGUAGAUGAAAUGAAGAAAGUUAUAGAGAUAGCUCUCAUGUGCACCCAAUCCUCAGUCACUUCAAGGCCAACCAUGUCCGAAGUCGUCGUUCUGCUACUGAGCAAAGGUCAGGUGGUGACUCAGCCGACUAGACCCACCUUUGUAGAUGCUACCAUUACACAUGAUGGGGGAGUCUCCACUUUGGAUGUGUAGUCCCCAUCAAUUGUUAUCAUGUCAAUGUCUUUGUCCGAUCAUUGACAUGUAACUAUGCAAUAGUAGUCCUGAUGAGACAAUGAAGAAAAUAAAUAGGGGGAGAAUAAUUAGAAGAGGUUACAUUAUGCAAAGGGAGUGUUUGUAAUAAUUGGAAGUUCCAUUAGAGAUGAAAAUGGCACGUUCUGGAUAUGCUUAUCGAGUCGGGCCCAGUUGGGAAGAUUCAAAAAACACAAUCUAAAGCCUUAGUUGUUUUCAGAGCUUUUUAGCUUUCUUCUUUGGAAGCUUGUGUUCGUCUUUGAUGAAUUUGUAGUGAGGUGAACGGCUUUGAUGUGCUUGCGUGGCAGGGAGUUUGUAGUGAUUCUCUUUUUAAUAAAGGUGUUUGGUCCUUGGCUUGUA